AGGUAUCAUUUAUUAAUAUUUUUGUUCUAAAUAUAUGAGAAAAAUGUUAAUAGGCACAACUUGACACCAUGCAAUUAAAGAUGUCAUAUCACGCACUAUUGAUCGCUAAUUAUAACCACAUUUGCAAAAUGAUGCGAUGUCUAUAUAUUAAUAUUGCAAAAGAGCAAGAAAAGGAGAACAAACGAUUGAUUAGCUAGGUUAUUAGUAAAGAUAACAUAAUAAAGGAUCGAUGAUGAUAAUAAUCAAGGAAAAAGAGAGGAGUAUGGUGAAGCCAUCGGAGAACACUCCACGCCGGCGGCUUUGGCUCUCAGUUUUAGACCAGAUGAACAAUCCAAGUCAUAAUCCAGUCAUCUACUUCUUCAGAUCAUCACCAUCAAAUAAUAACAAUAACUUUUUUGAUGCUAAUAUUCUCAAACACUCUCUUAGUAAGGUUCUUGUCCCCUUUUACCCUAUAGCGGGUCGCUUACGGCCCGUCCAGGUCCACGGAGGUGGCCGAGGCCCCCAUCCGCGGACUGAGAUUGACUGCAACGAAGAAGGUGUCCUCUUUGUCACGGCGGAGACAACCGCUGUGAUCGAUGACUUUGGUGAUUUUGCUCCUACCCCACAACUCCGGAGACUCACUCCAACUGUCGACUAUUCUCUUGGAAUUUCUUCUUAUCCCUUGCUCUUAAUUCAGGUUACUUAUUUCAAGUGUGGUGGAGUGUCAAUUGGGUUUGGUUUUGACCAUCAUACAGUAGACGGAACUUCAAGUUUUCAUUUCAUUGAAUCAUGGUCAAGAAUCACUCGUGGACUUGAAAUGACUAUUUUACCCUUUCUAGAUCGAACACUACUCAAACCUCGAAACCCACCUAAUCCCACAUUUAAUCACAUUGAAUACCACAACAACAACCACCAAGACAAAAAUAGUACUACUACUGAUACUAGUAAUAAUCUUUCUAAUGCACCUAAAGUUUCCACUUUGAAAAUCACAAAAGAGCAACUAAACACCCUUAAAGCCAAGGCAGAAGAAAAAGAUAGUACUACUAAUAAUAAUAAUAAUAUGAUGAUGAUCAAAGCUAGUAGUUAUGUGACUUUAUCAGCUCAUAUUUGGAAAUGUGUUUGCCUAGCACGUGAUAGUGAUAACAACAAAAUCAGUACUCUAUUCCUCCCAGUCAAUGGAAGAUUCUCUAGAAGAUUAUUACAACCCAAAAUUCCAGUUGGUUACUUUGGUAAGGUGAUAUUUGCAACUGUAGCAGUGGCUAAGGUAAGUGAUCUCAAAACAAAGCCACUUUCUUAUGCUGUAAAUUGCAUCAAUGGAAGUGUGAAGAGAAUGGAUAAUGAUUACUUAUUAUCAAGUAUUGAUUAUUUGGAACUUCAUCCUAAUUUGUCAUCCAUUAGACGUGGGGCCCAGACAUAUAGGAAUCCAAAUCUUGGGAUUACUAGUUGGGUUAGAUUGAUAAAUUAUGAGGUUGACUUUGGUUGGGGUCAACCUAUUUAUAUUGGACCUGGUGGGAUUAUGUACGAGGGAAAAUCAUAUGUUAUACCUUGUCCAACUAAUGAUGGGAGUUUAUUAGUGGGCAUAGCUCUCCAACCACAACACAUGAAAAUGUUUGAGAAGCUCUUUUAUCAGAAUCUCAAUAUUAUCCGAUCUACUUUAUGAUGUAGUUAAUAUUAGUAUUACAAAUUAAAAGUGAGAGAACUAAGAUAUAUAUCGUUUCCAUUAUAUAUGUAGUUGCUUUAAUUAGGUCUUUCUGGUGGCUUAAGUUUGUAAUAUCAUGUUAACUAUUUGUGUAUGGUUUGUCUAAGAAAUUUAAUUAAUAAAAUUAUGCUUAAGUUUGUAAUAUCAUUA